AUGAUGAACUACCUGAAUUUGAAUUUGGUGGGCGCACUACUCACCCAGCAGAUGAUUCAUUGGCAAAAUGGAAUUUGUUGGAAUUAUUCAAUAAUUCAUUAGAUUCGCCUAUUUCUUUUGUCCUCCAAUAA